UGUGUUGUAGCAACACCAAGUGCCCUUGGACAUUUGUUCAGUGCCUAUAAAAUUCACCCACAGACAUGUUGUCAACACUGAGGAAUCUCUUUGGUAGAGAGAAUGGACAUCAUGGAGAGACCAGAAUCAGGAAGAAGGAAGCUGGCCCUAGGUCUCACUGGAAAACAUGGAGAGACCAAUGGUCCUGGGGAAGACGCAGGACCACUGGAGAGGCACCAUCCCAACUCUCCACCUUUGCUGAGCAGGAGCAGGAAAUGAACGAUGUGGAGAAACUUACCUUUCAGCUGCAGAGUAUGACAUAUGAGCAAACUGAGCUCUAUGGAAUCUUGGACACCUACACCAACAUGGAUUUGAAGAACAGGAUGGAUUCUCUGGAUAUGUUGAAAAAGGAGCAUAAGCGGGUGAUGUUGGACUUCCAGACAUUUCCUGUGGAGGUCAUUGAUGCCUUGAACAGGUGCAAGCAGCUGGUUGAGAAGAACGCAUCCUACAGCCUGAAACUCCGAGAUUUGGCUCAACUGAAAAGAAAUGUACGUGAGUUGAGGCUGGAGAACAGAAAGCUGUGGGAGGAGCAGGUUGCGCUUCAGGAGUCCUGUGAGGAGGUGAGGAAGCUCUUGAAGGAGGCCCAUGAGAAGAUCCGUGACCCCUGUGCUGAGCAGCAGCAGGGGUCAUGUGAGAUGGAAUGUAGGAAACAGCCUGCAAGGACUAGAGCCCAGAGCCAAUGCCAAGAGCAAGAGAGCCUGGAUGAAAGACUGAAGGACCUGCUGAAGCAGAAGGAGCCGGUCCCCCAGCUAGGGGACUUGUCAGACAAGCUACACUGUCACUUCUAUAUCUUUGAGAAGAGCCAGGGAAAGAACAGCUCAGGGGAUUGUGCUGGCCCAGUCAACAAGAACUUCUCCAGGAAAUGCCAUGUUUGAUCCUUAGUGUUUCUGGGGAUUGUCUACCCCUUAUUCCCUUCUGAGCUCUCUGGUAUCUUCUCAGUACCUUGUCCCCUGUGUCUCCUCACAAAUCUCUCUAUGAUAGUCCUCAACGUAGCCAGAGGAGGGUUAGUUGUGGAGGGCAGUGUGCGCUCCUGCCUCUUUAUUAUCCUUCCAGUACACCUUCUUUAGAGAGAACGUCUACCUUUGGGCAGACCUGCAUGCAGCACACUCCU